AUGGCAUUCAUUCCAACUAUUUUAGCUGUGCUGGCCAUCGCAAGUGCUCAAUAUACUAAAACAACUACAGGCAACGAGUUCUACAAAUGCAUCCAAAAAUGCAAAGAGCUCUGCUGGAAUUCGGACAAUCCUGGAACUGUAUGUGACGACCAAUGCUCUGUCAAAUUCUGCUAUGGAGACCCUCAAGAAACAAUAUCCAAGCUGCAAAUUUUCUUACAGCAAGAAGGCAUCAUAGAGUCUCAGCCUGAAGAACAAGGUGAAGCCUUAGAAGAAGGAGUCCCUACAACUUUGCCUGCCCAAGAGGAAACUCAAAGUGAAGAAGAAACCCAAAGCAUUGAAGAAGCUACUGAAGAAGAGAGUGCUGCAACAGAGGAAGAAAGUGCUACAACAGAGGAAGAAAGCACUACAACUGAAGAAGAAAGCACUCAUGAUGAAGAGCCUUUACCUGCAGUCGACCCUAUAGUGAUUGAAGAAGAAGUCCCUGAAGAAGCUUCAGAAGAAUCAGAGUCUAAAGAAGACUACGGUAAGUAUGCGACUGAGCACCCAAGCCAUCCUUAUCACGAGUUUUGCAAAAGCAACAAAGACACUCCUAAGCCUAACACCCAAGUCAAAAAGACCCAAUCUGGCUGGGGCUUAGCCAUUAUACAGUACUCUCUAAUUGCUGCAGUACUCCUUAUCAUUGGAAAACUAUACUACAGCUAUAGGAGACAAACCAAGAAAGUUACCUAUUCGUUCGAAGAAGGGGAAUCCCAGGUGCCUUACUCAAAAAUUGCAACCCAAAAAGUUUAA